AUGGCCAUUGAGGGAUUCGCCGUUGAUGCUUCUUCAGCCAAUGGCUUCAACGGCAAGAUAACACUCUCAGUUGUCAUCACUUGCAUCGUCGCAGCAUCCAGUGGUCUAAUUUUUGGAUAUGACCUCGGAAUUACAGGAGGCGUGACUACGAUGAAACCAUUUCUUGAAAAAUUCUUCCCAGCGAUAUUGAAAAAGGCUGCUAGCGCAAAAACAAACAUGUAUUGUGUGUAUGACGAUCAGUUGUUGACAUUAUUUACGUCCUCCCUUUUUCUCGCGGGGCUUGUUUCAUCUCUCUUGGCCAGCCACAUCACGACGGCGUUGGGUCGGAGAAACACCAUGAUCUUCGGUGGCUGCAUCUUUUUUGCCGGUGGUGCCAUUAAUGCUGCUGCUGUAAAUAUUGCUAUGCUCAUAUUGGGUCGUAUCUUGCUUGGCAUUGGGGUUGGUUUCACUAAUCAAGCCACGCCGGUAUAUCUUUCUGAAAUAGCCCCACCCAAAUGGCGAGGUGCGUUCAACACAGGCUUCCAAUUGUUCAACAACAUUGGUGUGGUGGCGGCCAAUUGCGUAAACUACGGCACUGCGCGGCUGCCAUGGGGGUGGCGCGUGUCCCUCGGUCUUGCCAUGGUCCCCGCAACCAUCAUGACAAUGGGUGCCCUCCUAAUCCCGGACACUCCAAGCAGCUUAGUAGAGCGCAACCACAUAGAUCAAGCCAGAAACGCCUUGCGCAAAGUGCGGGGCCCCACUGCUGAUGUGGAACCCGAAUUGCAACAAUUGAUUGAAUCCUCACAGGUUUCUUUUGUAUUUCUUUUUAAGAUUAAUUAA